AUGUCUUGCUUGAGGGAAAUGCGCCUGGAUGAUUUGUUCACAUUCAACCCAUUGGUUUUCGAUCCAUUCACCGAAGUCUACCGCAUCGGAUUUUUCAUGCGUCACAUUGCUCAGUGGCCAGAAUUGGCAGCGGCAUCCAUAGCUCCAGAUGGUCGCUUGGUUGGCUUCAUUUUCGGCAAGUUUUUGGACGGUGUCAAGGAUAACACUCAGCAGCACGGACACGUCUGCGCCUUGACAGUGCUCUCUGAUUAUCGUCGUCUGGGUAUUGCAUCUCUGCUCAUGAAUUAUUUUGCUCAGAUGUUGGAUGUAAAAAGCUCCUGGUAUGUGGAUUUGUAUUUGCGAUGCAGUAAUUCUGCCGCCUACAAUCUAUAUUGCGCUCUGGGCUACGAGAUGCGUCGUGUUCUUCUCGAUUAUUAUCCAGGCGAUCCAGAGGAGAAUGCGUAUGAUAUGAGAAUGCCACUAUCCAUAGAUGUGAAUAAGUUGUCCUUGGCCUUGGCCAGCAGGGAACCUGUUCGCCUGCCUUUGGAAGAUGAUAGUGAUGACGACUAUUAG